AUGUCAUUAAUAGUUCCAUUAUUAUCCCACAAAAAAUUCUGGAAUUUGGUUAUCGAUGCUGAGAAUAUAAAUGCCAGCGUCUUUGCAGAAUUGGUUUAUCUCAAUAUUUCUUUGGUUUUUUGGCCUUUGAAUCAAGUAUCUGUAUUCAAUCAAAAAUAUGUUAAGGAUAAGAAAAAGUGUCAAAAGAGUGGCAUUCUCAGAGCUGCUUGUCUCCAAAAAGUUUCGCUUGUAAAAAAUGGUAGGACAGAGCUAAGAGCUGGUGUAUUUUAUGAAGAUGGUAUGCUAUCUGAGAUAUUAGAUAAUAUUGAAAAAGUUGGAAGGACGAUAUUAAAUAAUUCAUAUCAUUUGAAGGAUAUUGCAAUCAAAAUUGGAUAUCUAAUCUUGAGUCAAUCUUUGAAUGAUCCCAAUGAUUCUAUUGGUUCUUUUAAAUAUUUGGACUGGAAUAAACCAUUAGAUGCUUUAGAGGGUUUUGAAAUAUAUAUAAAUGGCUCUUCUUGGGCUAUUCAAUACAAUAAAGACAUUUCACAAUAUUUUAAUUUGAGCACCAUAGAAACCUUGAAAUUGAGUAUAGCGGAAAGUAUUAAUGAUGAGCCUGCUUUGUUUGAAAAUUUAGAUAAGUUAACUCGAUUAAUAUAUUUGGGUUUAUCAAAUAAUCAAAAUAUCGAGAAGAUUAAAAAUUUAGAUAAACUAGUAAAUCUUGAAAUCCUUAAAUAUGUUAACAAUCUAGAAUACUUGAAUUUAUCAUAUAAUAUCUACCUUAAAAAAUUAGAAAGCUUAAACAAGUUACCAAAUCUAAAACCAUUAAUAUUAUUAAAUUCAAAAAUCAGCGAGGUUGAUGUUGUUGAGGCAUUACUUAAUCAAGAUAAUUAG